AAGGGGGCACAGAGUGCCCAUGAGCUCACUGUAACACCUGCUGACUGAGGCUUUGUGCAUCUCGUUGCAGCAGCUCUGUGCCAGAGCCAUGGCCACGGACUGGCUGGGCAGCAUCGUGUCCAUUAACUGUGGAGAGAGCCUGGGGGUGUACCAGGGCAGAGUGUCAGCUGUGGAUCAGGUCAGCCAGACCAUCUCCCUCACACGGCCCUUCCACAACGGCGUCAAGUGCCUCGUGCCAGAGGUCACCUUCAGGGCAGGUGACAUCACCGAGCUGAAGAUCCUGGAGAUCCCGGGGCCGGGGGACAGCAGGCAAUGCGGGGACUCGCAGCAGAUGGACACGGCCGUGCCAGGGGUGGGCUGCCAGGUGGGACCCAGCCAGAACGGCACUGGCAAGGUGCUGAAGAAGCCCAUGUCCAGCAGUGCCCCCCAGAACAUCCCCAGGAGGACAGACAUGAAGAGCCAGGACAUUGUCAUCUCCCCACAGCAGCAGUGCUCCAAGAGCUACAUGGACCGACACAUGGAGACGCUGAGCCAGUCCAAAGGCUUCCGUCGGAGGCACAAUUCCUGGUCGUCCAGCAGCCGCCACCCCAACCAGGUGACGCCGAAGAAGAGCGGCCUGAAGAACGGGCAGAUGAAGAGCAAGGACGACGAGUGCUUUGGGGAUGACAUCGAUGAAAUCCCAGACACUGAUUUCGAUUUUGAGGGCAACCUGGCCCUUUUUGACAAGGCAGCUGUGUUUGAGGAGAUCGAGACUUACGAGAGGAGGAGCGGCACCCGCUCCCGAGGGACCCCCAACGAGAAACCCGCCCGCUACCGGCACGACGAGAACAUCCUGGAGUCGGAGCCCAUCGUCUACAGGAGGAUUGUGGUACCCCAGAACCCCAACAAGGAAUUCUGCACGGACUCGGGGCUGGUGGUGCCCAGCGUGUCCUACGAGCUGCACAAGAAGCUGCUGGCGGUGGCCGAGAAGCACGGGCUGACCCUGGAGAGGAGGUUGGAGAUGACAGGGGUGUGUGCCAGCCAGAUGGCCCUGAGCCUCCUGGGGGGGCCCAACAGACUGAACCCCAAGAACGUGCACCAGCGGCCCACGGUGGCGCUGCUCUGCGGGCCCCACGUGAAGGGCGCCCAGGGCAUCAGCUGCGGCCGGCACCUCUCCAACCACGACGUGCACGUCAUCCUCUUCCUCCCCAACUUCGUCAAGAUGCUGGAGUCCAUCACCAACGAGCUCAACCUCUUCAGCAAGACACAGGGCCAGCAGGUGUCCAGCGUCAAAGACCUCCCAGACACCCCGGUUGACUUAGUGAUCAACUGCCUGGAUUGUCACGAGAAUGCCUUCCUGAGGGACCAGCCUUGGUACAAAGCCGUGGUGGACUGGGCCAACCAGAACCGAGCCCCCGUGCUGAGCAUAGACCCCCCCAUCAGCGAGAUGGAGCUGGGCAUCGACGCCAAGUGGUCGCUGGCCCUGGGGCUGCCGCUGCCGCUGGGCGAGCGCGCCGGCCGCGUCUACCUCUGUGACAUUGGCAUCCCCCAGAAGGUCUUCCAGGAGGUGGGCAUCAACUACCACUCGCCCUUCGGCUGCAAGUUUGUCAUCCCCCUGCACUCCACUUAGAGCCUGUGCAGCCCCUGGCUCCCAAGGGAGAGAGGAGGAGCUCUGUGAAAGCCAAGCUGUGUGCUGGAUCCCGGCCGGUCGACUCUGGUGACGCCUUAAACGAGGGGAAAAGAAAAAAAAAAAAAAAGGAUGUGAAGUUCUGGAGGGUUUCGCCUUCUGGAAGAAACGCUGUGUACUUAAAAAGAAGAAAAUGGGAUAAUCGUGAAAUGGAACAAAAAAAAAAAACAACAAACAAAAAAAAAAAGGAGGAGGAAGAGGAAGCGAAUUGUUCCUGCAAAGCUGUUUUCAUUCUCUCCUGCUGUGGGAUGAAGGAGCGUGCAGGACCGUGGUGUCUGUCCCCUGCUGCUGCCCAGCCCUGGCUGGCACAUGGUACAAAUAAGGGUGCUUUGGAGCUUCGAGAUGUUUCAUGUCCUUCUGGUUGGCUAUUCCCAGCAAGGACGUCCUGGUGGGAACAGCACCCCUUGAUUGUGUAGAAAUCCCUUGCUUGAGUGGAGGGAAAAUCUCAUUUGGUUCCCAUGUUGGUUUUGACUGCCCCAUGCCUGUUUUGUGUUCCAGAAGGCAGCUGUAGCUCCCUCUCCUUCCCAGCCGGUCCUGCCCCUCACGGAGAGGGUUCCCUGUUUGGAGAGCUUGUGCCAGGAGCCAGGGGCUCCCACAUGCUCUGGGAGCACUGAUGUCCUUCCUCAGCUAGGCCUUAUUGUUUCUGUACCGUUGGCUUUUCUUUGUUCGCUUCGUGGCCGAAGCCCAGCUCUGUGGGGUGGAGGCCUGCUAUGGAAAAGAACUUUUCCAGCGUCCUCCUGGG